GUUCUUUUGAAGAUUGAGUUCAUUUGGCUUUGCAGAGUGCCGAAGAUACACUGUCUUCAACAGCUUUGACCGAGCGAUUGGCAAUACCGCACAGAAUAGCCUCAAGUGUGACCAGAGAGACCUUCCUGGUAAUCUCUGGUACCGCUUCCUCGGCGCAGCAGGAAAUGCCAUGCCAACAAGUUGUGUACCUGUAAAACGCUGUGGUACCCAUGCCCCUGGAUGGAUAGUCGGAUCUCAUCCCAGCCUUCGUUACAGCCUGGUGACACGCAAGGUGUGCUAUCACUGGAGUGGAAGCUGCUGCAGGUGGAGCAACUACAUCAAAGUCAGGAACUGUGGUGGAUUCUACGUCUACCAGCUACCCAAGACACCCGUCUGUUGGCUUCGCUACUGCGGCAAUCGGGUAUCGCUUCCACCUCCUCCUCCAGAGUGCCGAAGAUACACUGUCUUCAACAGCUUUGACCGAGCGAUUGGCAAUACCGCACAGAAUAGCCUCAAGUGUGACCAGAGAGACCUUCCGGGUAAUCUCUGGUACCGCUUCCUCGGCGCAGCAGGAAAUGCCAUGCCAACAAGUUGUGUACCUGUAAGACGCUGUGGCACCCAUGCCCCUGGAUGGAUGGUCGGAUCUCACCCCAGCCUUCGUUACAGCCUGGUGACACGCAAGGUGUGCUAUCACUGGAGUGGAAGCUGCUGCAGGUGGAGCAACAACAUCAAAGUCAGGAACUGUGGCGGAUUCUACGUCUACCAGCUACCCAAGACACCCGUCUGUUGGCUUCGCUACUGUGGCCGUGGCUACUAAAGUAAUCAAAUAAAAUAUGCUUUGUCAACAACAGAAACGGAACGGAACGGAACGGAAAAUGAAGUCUGUAUAGCUGCUCUGAUGUUUUGACAUCAAGAGAUCUCUUCCAGAGUUGUGUUAUGUGGAGCAGGUCAUAGCAGCAUUGCUCGAAACUUGAACCACAGGAACAUUACCACUUAGUACUUUUACAAUAAAUGAGCAUUUAAAAA